GCGGCCACACUGGUUGUCGGUUUAGCGCUGUCGAAGGAAGGUUGUGUCGAAAUUUUUUUUAUCAGAAUACUCGACUUGUGUGUCGCACGCACAAUUUGCAAAACAGUCAAAUCUACGAGUUCAGUGCAGCUGUAGUGCACGUGUGCCUGUGUGUUUGUGUUCAAGUGUGAGUGAGUGAAGACUGUGCAGAUCUGAAACGGUGGUUCUCGCGGAGAGGAGGCGGAGAAAGAGUAGGAGCACAACAAAAUACAACAAGUGCAAACAACGCGCGGACAUCUUCGGACACGAAACAACAAGAACCACAACAACAACGGGUACCGUUGGCGGUAGAGUGUUAGAGUGUGGUGGAUUCCGGCGGCGGCGACGACGUGGGAACAGGGGCAGCAGGCACGUUGUUGUUGCUAGAACAUUGAUAGCGAAAUGAUUAAUGAAUAAAGCGCGGCACACAGCCCAACGGCAUAUCGAGUAUGACGGAGGAAAUAACCGAAAAUUUGAGCUAUUACCUGUACAUAUCGCUGACACUGGUCCCAGUCUAUUUGGCCUUUCGGCUCAUCAAGACCCUCGGCUGGCAGCUCUUUGUCAACAACUGAGCAAACACAGGACAGCGCUCGGUCCCCACUCCAACCAGGGUGAUGCAUCUACUGCCGCAUCCAGGGGACACAGAAAAAGGCAAAGUUGAAAUACAACAAAAUAAAUUAUAGCAAAUGCAAUAAAGAAAAGUGGAGGCGGAAGCAGAAAAGAACCCAGAGGUGGAGCGAGAGUAAAGGAGAGCGAUAAACAACAGGAGGCCAGCUGCUGGGAUUUGUUUGGCCAAGAAGCAGGCGCUGCUUUGGCCAAAAGAAGCAAACAAAAGGCGAGGCAAUGCCAAGCAAUCAACGUCAUAAACAGGAGCAGAAGCAGAACCAGCAUAAGGAGGGGCAGGACUACAGUGGCCGCCGUAGACGCAGUCAUUGCGGUGGCAUAACCGAGGAGCAGCAACAACAA